GAGGGGAGGAGUGAAGAUGGCGGACCCGCCGAGCGUCUCUCCGGAGGAGCCCUGGGCCAGGAAGGUGGACCCAUCCUUUAGUGACAACAGGUUGGAUCCUGCACUCUUUGUGGAAAGCAGGAGGAAAGGGAGUGUUGUGUCUCGGGCAAACAGCAUCGGCUCCACCAGUGCCUCUUCUGUACCAAAUACAGAUGACGAAGACUCGGAUUACCAGCAGGAGACCUAUAAAGAAAUAUACAAAGACCGCCGCCGUCGUGCUCACACCCAGGCAGAGCAAAAGAGGCGGGAUGCCAUUAAGAAAGGCUACGAUGACCUGCAAGCAAUUGUGCCCAUGUGCCAGCAGCAGGAUUUCUCAAUAGGCACCCAGAAGCUAAGCAAGGCAGCUGUGCUACAGAAGACUAUUGACUACAUUCAGUUCUUGCACAAGGAAAAGAAGAAGCAGGAAGAAGAGGUCUCCACGCUCCGGAAAGAUGUGAUGGCCUUGAAAAUCAUGAAAAUAAACUAUGAACAGAUUGUCAAAGCUCAUCAGGACAACCCCAACGAGGGGAAGAACCAGGUCUCUGACCAGGUGAAAUUCAAUGUUUUCCAGGGUAUCAUGGACUCCCUUUUCCAGUCCUUCAAUGCCUCUAUCUCUGUAUGCCCUACGUAG